AUGACUGUGGAUUUCGCCGAUUACUUUUGGGGCGAAAAGAAUAAUGGAUUUGACGUGUUAUAUCAUAACAUGAAGCAUGGUGUAGUUGCAAGCAAGGAGUUGGCUGAUUUUUUAAAAGAACGCUCAGCCAUAGAAGAAAACAAUUAUAAGCUCCUGAGUAAAGUAGCCAAACAAGCUGGCAAUAGUAGUAGUACACAAGGAACAUUUGCACCUGUUUGGGCUGCUUUGAGAGGUGCUGCAGAAAAACUUGCUGGCUUACACUUGCAGAUGGCCCAAAGGGUCACUGAACUGAUAAAAGAUGUAUCAAAAUAUGCAGAUGAAUUACAUAAAAAACACAAGGCUGUAAAAGAAGAAGAAUCAUCCACCUUGGAAGUUGUACAAAGUAUCCAAAGUAUUACUGUAACUUUACAUAAGGCUAAAGAUAUGCGUAUGCAAAAGGGUCUUGAACUGGAAAAAUUGAGAAAGGACAAUGCCAGUCAAAAGGAAUUAGAAAAAGCAGAAAUCAAAUUUAAGAAGGCCCAGGAUGAUUAUAAGACCUUGGUUGAUAAAUAUAUGGUCAUAAGAAACGAUUUUCAGACCAAAAUGACUCAAGCAUGCAGGCGGUUCCAAGAUGUGGAGGAGACACAUUUAAAACAUAUGAAGGAGUUUUUAAAUAUCUAUGCAGAUGUUUUACAAUCAAAUCAUGAACAAGUUGGCCAAGUUCAUAUUGACUUCAAACGCCAGUGUCUGGAUAUGACAGUGGACAAAUUAUUAGAACAGUUUGUUCAAAGCAAAUAUACAGGUUUUGAGAAACCAGGUAUGAUUGAAUAUGAAGAAGUCAUGACAGGUUUAGGAGAAAUAACCAGUCAUUCUCAGUUGGAAAGCAAUGUUGAGACACCUAAGGAAACAUCAAAAGGAGCCAAUGGAGAAACAGGCGUUGCUGGUAACACUCACAGUUCAAAAAAAGAUCAGGGAUUAAAGGGGGAGGGUUGUCAGGUGGAUGAGGAAAAGGGUAGGGUACAAGAAAAAGAAAAAGAGAAAGAAAAAGAAAAUGAAAGACUGAAUGAAAGGGAUAGAGAACUGUCACAUGCACAAGCCACCAAGGCUUCCCGCCGUACUACCUCGCUACUCAACCUGUUCAUGUCCAACUCCCAGGACAAACAGAAGCAAGCAGGGUCUGGUUCGGCACCUGCAACUCCUCAGGGGAACAACCUGCCUCCUGCUGUUCCACCUCCCAGCAUCUCCAGGAACCCUCUCAGAGGAUCUAAAUGGUUUCUUCGAAGCAGAAGAGAAAAAAGAAAGGAAAAGAAAGCGAAAAAGAAGAAGGAUGUUGUGGAAACCAGCAGCAACAAAGAAGAAAAGUCUGACCUGGAGGAUAAGGAGGACAGUAGAAAGUCUGAGACGCCGACACCGGAAGUAGACGAAGAUGGUUUCUGUAUUAGGCCGAAAUCAGAACCGUGGGAGAAUGAGAAAGGAUUUUAUUCUAGCUCAGACACCGAUUCCGAAGAUGAAAGGGAAAGGAAGAUCAGGGUGGAAAUCAAGCCGCUGAGCAACGGUGGAGCACCCAUGAGUGCUAGCGUGGACGAAUUAAGGGCGACGGUGGAGAAUUUAUCGUUAUCACCUGCACCAACGGGACGCAGAGGAUCGAAUACCGAUUCAGAUCAUCACAUGAAAAGGUCUCAGUCAGUGUCACAGCAAUUAGGAGGUAAGCCAAGCUCGGAUUUACUUGGCCUAAACUUGUUCAAUCCCAGCAGUACACCAUCGAGCGCCUCAACGCCGACUGGUAGUCAUCCGUACGCGCCAUUGCAAAGUCCUCCGCCACUAUCUUUGUCACCGACGCCUCAGCCACAGCCGCCACAAUCCGCACCACCUACGCACCCUCACUCGCGAUUCCCUGAUGGAGACUUAUUCUCAGAAGUAGGAGACAUCACUCCAGCCUUGCCACCUAAACAAUCCGCAUCUUCCACUCCGACAGGAUCAAUUAUCAUUCCUAGACCUCCGUCCCGACGAGGAGAAGGUCCCUCACCGAGGGGUAGAAUGUCACCAGCGACGAUAUCGAGGGCAGAUAGCGUGGCUAGUUUAGAAUUUCGUACAGCUGGCGUGGGUGUAGGCUCUUCUAGGGGCCCUUCACCGCUCACCAUAGGACUAGCAGAUACCAUUCCCUUGGCAGUCGCGUUCCACGAGAUAGUACACUCUUAUUUCCGAGGUACCGAUGAAACGCGAUGCCAGGUGAAGCUUAGCGGUGACAUGAUGCUCUCUUUCCCUGCUGGUAUCGUCGCUGUACUAACAAAUAACCCGAGCCCUGCAAAGCUAACGUUUCGCGUGAGAAACAGUAACAGAUUAGAGAAAUUAUUUCCUAAUAAUCAACUGGUCAGCAUGGACGUUACGCAAACAACCGUCGACAGUACAAUUUUUGAAUUCAACAUGAGUGCCUUAACUACACUGUUACGCAAACAGGCCGAACAAAAUCCCUCGGCUUCUUAUUUUAAUGUCGACAUACUGAAAUAUCAGAUCAAGUGCAAGGAAGGCGCGGGCUCUUGUCCGUUUCAGUUGGUAGCCUAUUGGAAAUGCGAAACGACGCACACCGACCUUAAGAUCGAUUAUAAAUACAAUAGUCGUGCUAUGGCUUCUCCGAGUCCACUGCUAAACCUUCACAUAGCCGCGCCUAUAGACGGAGGUUUCAAGUCAUUGAACAGCAAACCUCAAGCUCAAUGGUUACCAGAUACGAAUCGGGUAUUGUGGAAGUUUACCGAAUUGUCACAGCAUAGCGAAGGUAAUGGUGUGGGCUCUUUAAAGGCACGCGUAGAACUUGGACACGGGCCAGGAAAUCAAGGAACGAUAUGCACGCAAUUCAAUUGCGAAGGGACCACGUUAUCUGGAGUUGAAUUUGAGCUUCUAGGCCCAGGAUAUAGAUUAAGUUUGGUAAAGCGUAGAUUUGUAUCUGGAAAAUAUAUAUGCGAUGGAGAUUCCGAUUCACGGAGUAGAUACGCUGCUCCGCCAUCCAACGUGGAUUGACGACUUCCAGAUUGGGCAUGUCUAUGGGAGAGCCUGCCCAUUUAAUAUUGGUAUUUGCUUGUUUAUUCACUGCCCAUAAUACGACUAAAUGUCCGUUCGAAAUCGAAAUUGUCGCGGAGGGGAAACCUGUUGGACACCAAAGAACAUGUGCAACACAAACUAACUAAGAAGGUUGUCAAACUAGACAAAUAAUCAUUUCUAUGUACAAAGAGCGCAAUUUUUGGGUGGUUUUAAAGUAGCAGGAUGUAAAAGUUCGUUCAUUUUGUAAAGUCAAAAGAAUCUUGCGUAUCGUAAAACACGAGAGAUAUUUGUUACAUAGGCGAAUGGUAGGACACGCGUUACGCGGUCCAAGUAGAAAAGAACUGGGAAUAGAAACGUUGAAAAUAAUAGUUGGACUACGUAAGUCACUCGCUACCUGAUGAAUGACGUUCUAUAUAUGUUUUAUAACUUGUAUAUUUUUAAAUUUUCUAUAUAUCUUCGAUUAUAUUGUACUAUGUUUAGUAAAGUUUCUAUGAUGCGUAACGAAUUCAAAUGUCGGAGGGCAGCAUUCACCCGUUUUUCGCAUAAAAAACCUUUGGUGUCCAGCAUAUUUUUCACCACGAUAUUCUCGCCAUAUUAUAUUGUGUCUAUAUAUAAUCAAAAUACGUUUACGACAUAUUUCUUUUUUUACGUAAAAGCUCUCCAAAAGGUCAUCAAACAGUACAACAAGUCUUAAUCUAUUGUUAUACUUUGCGUUACUUUAAUAUAGUUAUUAUAUCGCUAUAUCGUAUCGUUAAGGUUUUGAGAGAGAAAAGGAAAUGUAAAGUUCAUAUAUAAAUGCCAACUAUAAUCCGUCCAACGAGACGGGUCAGGAUAUGUUUUUCAAAUUCACGCGCUCGAUGCAGUGCCGAAUCAGAGAUGGGAUAUGGGAUGAGUUUUCUCGCGCAUGCGCGGCGACUUUAGCAUCAGUAUAGUACAAGUUUCAAUAAAAUGGAGUACCUUAAUCACCGUGCAUAAUUUUGCAAAAAUUGUUAUGAUCUGAUUGUGAAAAAUGAAUGUAUAACAUAUAUAUAUAUACAUACAUAAUUCACACUUUUCCUUUUUUCAGGGGUAUAGGAAAGGGACGAGUACUAAAAUAAUUGUAAACAAAACUGACUAGUAGUGACAAGGGCCUAGUCCGUGGUUGCGCCACCACAUAGAUACGUCCCUGCAAAACUCGCGCAUGCGCGGGAAAACCCGUCCAGUGACGCUCCUCACUUGUUUUCGGUUCUUUAAACGUUUCGGUCGAGUUUUGUGCACCGUGAGCCGGGCCUGCAUCGAGCACGUGAAUUUCUACUCAUUUACUGUCUCAUCUCGUUGGAUGGAGUAUAGUUAUGUAGGUAUACAUUACGCAUUUACAUUUUGCGCGAGGAGUUGAUCGUAUUUCCUUAAAUUGUUUUUCCGUUUUUCGUUUUUUGUUUUUCGUAUGCGCAACAUUUGAAUAUACAACUGUAGUAUACGUAAAUGAGAAGAUACUGCAAAAUUGUAUUCUUUUAUAACUCGAUCGUAUAGUUCGACUCCUCUGAAACGAGAAGAUAACGAAGGCGUAAGAAAAAAAAGAUACGUUCGAUAGUUUUCAAUGUUUAACUCCAUCAGAAUUCGAUGGUUAAAAUAAUUAAUUUCUUUUCAAAACAUUUAGCGAUAAGAUUUUAGCGUUUCAACGAAGGCGGUUUCAUUUGACAAGUCUUUUAAAGUUUUUUUUUUUUUUUUUUAAUUAGCGCGACGAUCCUACGAUCAUAAUAAUCCAGUAUUUCUUUUACAUUUAAUUUUUAGAGUAAUUCGAUCCGGUGACUUCUGUCAGUACACCGGUUUACGUUUAAACAAAAAGAUAAAUCUACUAACUGCAAGACGUUAAACAAGUCUUCUCACUCUUAUACCAGUUGAAUCGAAUAUUCUGUAUCAUUUAGUUUUCUUCUUUUCUUUUUUCUUUCAAGAGACGAAUCUUAAUUGUCUGACUUCUAUUUUAAUGGGCUUUUGUAAGAUAACUUCAGUUAUCUUAGACGGUAACUUAUUUGUUAUCGUCUUCCAAAGAUUUGUUAAAAUCAAAAUUGGGCAUCUGUACUUCUUCUCUUAUUACCGUUUUUGGCUACAAUUUUAUGAUACAUUCAGAAGCAAAUUUAGAGGGCAGGCCUUUUCGUUCGAAACAUGUGCAUACAUACGUCUGAGGUGUGUGUAUAUGUAUAUGUGUAUAUAAAAAAAAAAACGAAGUAAUAACUGUAAGAAUAAGUCUGAUAAAUGAACUCGAAUAUAUAUAUAUUAUAUAUUAUAUAUUAUACAUGUAGUCCAGCACACACGAUGCUUCCUUUUGUGCAUAUUUAUAAUCCGUCCAACGGGACGAGUCAGGAUAUGUUUAAAAAUUCAGCUCAGUUGUUUCCAGUUCUUCAAACGUUUCGUUCGAGGUUUGUAGUGUACUGUGAGCUGGGCCUGCUUAGAGCACAUGAAUUUCUAUGCAUUUAUUAUCUCGUCUCGUCUCGUCUCGUCUCGUUGGAUGGAGUAUAAAUAUCGACAACAAGUUGACAAAUGCACCGUACAUAUUCGUGCAUGGUUUGAUACAAAUAAUCUGUUUAUUUUCUUUUUUAUUAAUCUUAUGAAAGCAUCGUUUAAGUAAUUAUAAUGUGACUUAUGAAUCACUUGUUUAGAUUUUUAUUUUAAUUUAACGAGUUUAAAGAAAGAUCAGUAUACUCAGAAAUUUAUUUUGUUUGUCCUUUGUCAUAUUUAUCUAUACACGAAUAUUUGCGGUACUUGUUGCCAGGUAUUUGUUACCUGGCUCUAAAAGUGCAUUAUGCUUUGUAAGCUAUACGAGGAGAAAUUCGUAGAAAGAAAGUGCAAACUGCUGUAUUCUCGGAGUCUAAAUCAUUAUUUUUUCUUUUCGUUACCGGACGACAAUACAAGACAAAAAUUUUCUUUUUUUUUUUUUCUAUCGAUCGUAUCAUAAUAUUUUUACAAUUUUAAGGUAACGCGUACGUUUUAUGUAUUUUAUAUUAUUUCAUUUUAUUAUGAUCUUUGUACAUUCGUACGAGAAAACAAAGCGAAGGUCUACGAAGAGCAAUACAAAAACCAUCUUUAGUAAUGCAAUGAAAUUUUUGGUGACCACUCCAUCUCGAUAUUAUCGAUCUUUGUUCAUUCAUUUACAACAUUGAUUAAUCUUUGAUUAAGAUGCGCGAGGUAACGAUUUAAAAAGAAAUUAACACAAGAAAGAAAGAAAGAGCACACGAACUAUUAUUAUGGAGUGGUUCCUGCAGAAGAAAAUAAUAAUAAUUGACUGAGCUCUCCUGUGAUACGCAGAUGUCACUAUAAUUUUCGUAAUAAACGUUUGUAACGAAACAUAAUAAUAAUAAUAAUGUUAAUGAUCGCGUUCACUCUCUUCCCGACUGAUCCUACGAUGAUCACGGCGUUCAAAGUGGCUCAACCACCGUGUUUUUAUUCGUAUAACAUCGAUCAUGCGUGCGUGUUUUCGAUUCCUAUGCGUACAAUUACAUACGUGGACAAUUUAGAUUUUACAGCGAUCCGCUUUUUACAUAUAAUUGCAAUAACGACGAUAAUCGUAUUACUU